UUGUGGCGUGACGUCACAUAGCCGUGAAAUGAAGGCGCAGAGAGGGCGGCCAUGACUCUAGUCUCCACAAUUAUUUAAUCCCAAAUAAAUUACCCACGGAAAACUUCCAUGGCAAGAGCCACGAGUCAGAUUUAUGAUGUUGCAUCCCUCCACUCCUCUGUUCUCAUCUCCUGUCCAUCCAUGGUAAGAGGCCAGCAGGACACGCCCCAUCUCCGUGGCAACAGCAUGGAGGGACAGGUCGCACCCCCCCAGCCGACCCAACCUCGCAAGAAGAGACCCGAAGAUUUCCGAUUCGGCAAAAUAUUGGGAGAGGGCUCCUUCUCUACCGUAGUCUUAGCAAAAGAACACUCUACGGGGAAGGAGUAUGCAAUUAAGAUCCUGGAGAAGCGUCACAUAAUGAAGGAGAACAAAGCGCAGUACGUCAAGCGAGAGAGAGACAUCAUGUCACACCUGGAUCAUCCGUUCUUUGUUAAGCUGUACUUCACUUUUCAGGACGAGGAGAAGCUGUAUUUUGGUCUGAGCUAUGCUAAAAAUGGCGAACUUCUAAAAUACAUUCGAAAAAUUGGCUCGUUUGAUGAGACUUGCACACGUUUCUAUUCGGCAGAGAUAGUUUGUGCUCUGGGGUACCUGCAUCAGAAAGGCAUUAUCCACAGAGAUCUAAAGCCAGAAAAUAUUCUGCUCAGUGAGGAGAUGCACAUUCAAAUAACAGACUUUGGCACGGCCAAACAACUGUCGUCUGACAGCAAACAAGCAAGAGCAAACUCAUUUGUUGGUACGGCUCAGUAUGUCUCGCCUGAAUUACUGACUGAGAAAUCUGCCUGCAAGAGUUCGGAUCUUUGGGCAUUAGGGUGCAUCAUCUACCAGCUAGUUGCUGGUCUCCCGCCAUUUAGAGCCGGGAAUGAGUAUCUAAUAUUCCAGAAGAUUAUAAAGCUGGAGUAUGAGUUUCCGGAGAAAUUUUUCCCCAAAGCAAAGGACCUCGUGGAGCAACUUUUGUCGUUGGAUCCGUGCAAGCGGAUUGGUUGCGAGGAGAUGGGUGGAUACGGGCCACUGAAGUCCCACCCUUUCUUUGAGUCCGUCGGCUGGGAUGAUGUACAUUUGCAGACUCCACCCAAAUUAACGGCGUAUCUGCCGGCCAUGUCCGAGGAUGACGAGGACUGCUAUGGAAAUUAUGAUGAUCUCCUGAGCCAGUUCAGUUGUAUGCAGGUGGCACAGCCUGGCCCCGCCCCCUUGGAUCCCUUAACAGGAGAGUCAAGUAAUCCUACAUAUAACCCCUCCCCUAGUGUGGAUCAGUUUAUACAUAUUCAUGAGCUGGACAGUAAUAGCAUGGAGCUUGACCUGCAGUACAGCGAGGAGGAGAAGCGCAUCCUGCUGGACAAGCAGAGCGCUGCCAACCCAUGGCACCAGUUUGUGGAGAAUAACCUCAUUCUGAAAAUGGGUCCGGUGGACAAACGCAAAGGUCUGUUUGCACGGAGGAGGCAGUUGCUACUGACGGAGGGGCCUCACUUGUACUACGUGGACCCGGUCAAUAAAGUUCUGAAAGGGGAGAUCCCGUGGUCACCUGAGCUACGACCUGAAGCAAAGAACUUUAAAACCUUCUUCGUUCACACGCCAAACCGGACGUACUAUCUAAUGGACCCAAGUGGUAACGCUGAUAAAUGGUGCAAGAAAAUCCAAGAGGUGUGGAGGAAGAUCUACCACAAACACCAGAGCCCCAGCCUAUAGGACUACAUCUCUCCCCAUUCGGUGACACCCCCCACAGCCCUCCAACCAAUCACAGAGCAGGGACGCGCCCCUGUAGAGACGCCUCUCCAGCUAUAUAUUGUCUUUCUGUCUCUUCAUAUAUCAGUCCCUUCUCUUCCUGGCACUUUCGAAUUCAGUUGUCGUACGCACCGAGGGUGGAGUCUUUACAACCAAAAGCAGCAAGGCCAUAUGUCGGCAGGCAAACGUUAAUCACAUAGUUAAGAUCACGACGCCAAUCUUUCUGUUGGGUUUUGAAAUCUCCACCCGUCUACAGAGAAACAAGUGCACACUUUUUUUUUUUGCUUAACGCACACUCGCACACGGCCUUUACCUAGAAAUACCUAAACGCUUCUCUCCAAAGGAGUGAGUGUCGCUUUUGUUUAGAAUUAAGGCGGGUCCUUCUACAGUAGCUGGUCUUGCUGAUUCUGAUUGGAGGAUGUGAUGUGGAAUGUUUUCGAGGUGUACCUUAGCACGUUCCGAAUAAAUCUUAAAGCGCGUUAGGAAACAUCUGUGCCACCACACCGCAAAAGCCACAUGGGUGGUUUAAGAGGGUAGCUGAUCCUCUGCCCUGAGCUAAAACCACGACCGAGUUUCCUCUUUAGCUGUUUUCCUUUCAAGUGCUUGCAAUGUGACGGUAUGCAUUGCCGUUUGGGGGCUCGUGAUGGUGGGGCAAUCUGAUUGUUUGUGUGUGUUUGGCUCCUCUCAUUUGGCCGUUUUUAACAGGAAGUUUGCGAGCGUGUGAGACUGUCAGGCUGCGACUGAUUGAUUGAUUGCGUGUGCGUGUGUCUUCCUGAUCGGUAACAAAUGACUGUGAUGUACAGUUGAUGUAAUAUUGAACAUGGGAGGAGACUUCUGAGGUGACUCUAGGAUCCAGGUUUUGUAUUUUUAUUCUUGUAUAAGGUUAUUGGGCCGUUCCGUUCUGGCCUGGCUUCUCUGUGUUAUUUAAAUUCUAAUAUAUGAAAGCAUAUUUGGAUUGAAGUCAUGUUCCAGGGCCUUGCUGUGUAUGUAUUGAAUAUGUAAAGCCUUUGAAUGUGAAGAAUUAUUGUAAACUAUGAUAUUUUACUGCUUUUGUUUUCUUACUAUAUCAUAUACAUUUUCUAUUUGCGCAGUGAUUGGCUCAUUUCUGAUAAUUUAAUGCCUGUGUGUGCAUGGCCCCGCUCGUGUGUGUGUGUGUGUGUGUGUGUGUGCGUGCGUGCGUGCGUGCGUGCGUGCGUGCGUGCGUGCGUGCGUGCGUGUCUGUGAGCGUGGUCAGAUGGAUGUGUGUGGGGAACUUGUGCAUUUAGGCAAUGUGUGUAUUCUUCUUGUCGGCCUUUUGCGCUCGGCAAAACCUAGAACUGAAAUAAAGCAUGUAGAGUUUUAGGCCAAC